AAUAAACCCUGUGGAAGCAAGAGGCUAAAAGCCGUGCCAGCCCAGCACAGCUCCUCUGCACGCCGCUCCGCAGCCUCGCCAUGGCAGCCGGCUUCUUCAUCAGCAAGAGCGUGGGCAUCGUGGGCAUCGUGCUGGCACUGGGUGCCGUGGCCACCAUCAUUGCGCUGUCUGUGGUGUAUGCACAGGAGAAGAACAAAUUGUCAGGAGGCAGCGGCAGCACCGACACCACCACCACCACCACCACCACCACCACCACCACCACCACCACUGCCCCCAACAACCCCUGGAACCGCUGGCGGCUGCCGACGGCGCUGAAGCCAGAGAGCUACGAGGUGACGCUGCAGCCCUUCCUGACGCCCGAUGCCAACAACAUGUACAUCUUUAGGGGCAACAGCAGCGUUGUCUUCACCUGCGAGGAAGCCACCGACCUGAUCCUGAUCCACAGCAACAAGCUGAACUACACGCUGCAGAAUGGCUUCCACGCCUCGCUGCACGCGGUGAACGGCUCCACACCGCCCGCCAUCAGCAACACGUGGCUGGAGACCAACACGCAGUACCUGGUGGUGCAGCUGGCCGGGCCGCUGCAGCAGGGCCAGAGCUACCGCCUCUUCAGCAACUUCACCGGGGAGCUGGCCGACGACCUGGCUGGAUUCUACCGCAGCGAGUACACCGAGGGCAACGUCACCAAGGUGGUGGCCACCACGCAGAUGCAGGCCCCUGAUGCGAGAAAAGCCUUCCCCUGCUUUGAUGAGCCGGCCAUGAAGGCCGUCUUCACGGUGACGAUGAUCCACCCCUCCGAUCACAAGGCCAUCUCCAACAUGCCUGCCAACAACACCUACCAGCUGGAGAUGGAUGGGCAGAGCUGGAACGUCACCCAGUUCAACCCCACGCCCAAGAUGUCCACCUACCUGCUGGCCUUCAUCGUCAGCCAGUUUGACUGUGUAGAAAACAACACUGGGGAGGUGCAGAUCCGCAUCUGGGGCCGCCCCGCAGCCAUCGCUGAAGGGCAGGGCGAAUACGCGCUCCAAAAGACCGGACCCAUCCUCAGCUUCUUUGAGAAGCACUACAACACGGCAUACCCGCUGCCCAAGUCCGAUCAGGUCGCCCUGCCCGACUUCAACGCGGGCGCGAUGGAGAACUGGGGACUGGUCACCUACCGGGAGAACUCGCUGCUCUAUGACAACGCCUACUCCUCCAUUGCCAACAAGGAGCGCGUGGUGACCGUCAUCGCCCACGAGCUGGCCCAUCAGUGGUUUGGGAACCUGGUGACGCUGCGGUGGUGGAACGACCUGUGGUUGAACGAGGGCUUUGCCUCCUACGUGGAGUACCUGGGCGCAGACUCAGCAGAGCCCACCUGGAACAUUAAAGACCUGAUGGUGCUGAAUGAAUUGCACUUGGUGAUGGCGACCGAUGCCCUGACCACCUCCCACCCGCUCACCUUCAGCGAGGAUGAGAUCAACACCCCAGCAGAGAUCAGCGAGGUCUUUGACAGCAUCGCCUACAGCAAGGGAGCGUCGGUGCUGCGGAUGCUCUCUGACUUCCUCACUGAAGACGUGUUCAAGGAGGGGCUGCAGUCCUACCUCCACACCUUUGCCUACGGAAACACCGUGUACACAGACCUGUGGGAGCACCUGCAGGAGGCUGUCAACAACAACGGCGUGCCUCUGCCCAACACCAUCAGUAACAUCAUGGACCGCUGGACGCUGCAGAUGGGUUUCCCUUUGGUGACUGUCAACACACUCAACGGCAGCAUCAAGCAGAGCCACUUCCUUCUCGACUCCAACUCCACAGUGGAGAGACCUUCCGUGUUCAACUACACCUGGAUUGUCCCCAUCACCUGGAUGACGCCCAGCAGAACUGGGGACAGGUAUUGGCUGGUGGAUGUCUCAGACACCAACAGCAACUUCAGUGUGGGCAGCUCCACCUGGCUCCUGCUGAACCUCAAUGUCAGCGGCUACUUCCGCGUCAACUACAACCAGGAGAACUGGGAUCAGCUCCUGCAGCAGCUCUCCAACAACCACCAGGUCAUCCCCAUCAUCAACCGGGCGCAGAUCAUCGAUGAUGCCUUCAACCUGGCCAGGGCACUGCAAGUCGAUGUGACGUUGGCACUGAAUACCACGCGCUUCCUGAGCGGGGAGACAGAGUACAUGCCUUGGCAGGCAGCGCUCAGCAACCUGCAGUACUUCCAGCUGAUGUUCGACCGCAGCGAAGUGUUCGGGCCCAUGAGGAAAUACAUCCAGAAGCAAGUGACUCCGCUCUUUGAGCACUACAAGAACGUCACCAGCAACUGGACAACCAUCCCCGUCAACCUGAUGGAUCAGUACAACGAGAUCAAUGCCAUCAGCACAGCCUGCUCCUACAGCAUCUCUGAGUGCCAGGACCUGGCCACCGAGCUCUUCAACCAGUGGAAGAACAACGUCAACAACAACCCCAUUGCCCCGAACCUGCGCUCUGCCAUCUACUGCAGCAUCGUGGCCACAGGCGGGGAGGAGGCGUGGGACUUCAUAUGGGAGCGCUUCCUCGAGGCUCCUGUGGUGUCCGAGGCCGACAAGCUGCGCACGGCCCUGACCUGCAGCACUGAACCCUGGAUCCUCCAGCGGUACCUGCAGUACACCCUUGACUCCACCAAGAUCCGCAGGCAGGACGCCACCUCCACCAUCAACAGCAUCGCCAGCAACGUGGUGGGGCAGCCGCUGGCCUGGGACUUCAUCCGAGGCAACUGGAAGACACUUUUCAGCCAGUACGGCGGCGGCUCCUUCUCUUUCUCCCGGCUGAUUACAGCCGUCACCCAACGCUUCAACACGGAGUUUGAGCUGCAGCAGCUGGAGCAGUUCAAGGCAGACAACCAGGACGUCGGCUUCGGCUCGGGGACGCGCGCCCUGGAGCAGGCGCUGGAGCGGACCAGGACCAACAUCAACUGGGUGAAUGCGAACAAGGAGGUCGUGCUCGCCUGGUUCAGCGCCGAGACCGCCUCCAGCUAAGUCUGCUCUGCGCACCACCGCGCCGCGGGGUCCGCCGUCGCUCCCCGAAGCCGCUCCGGCCGCUCUCCCGCUCCGUCCCCGUCCCGCGCCCACCCCGGAGCGCUGCCGCCCGCCGCCCCGGCCCGCCCGGCCGAGCCCUUCGCUGCUCGUGACGGGAAGCGCCCGGCGCCUGGAUGAUGGGCGGGGGGCACGGGGCCGGGUACAGCGAGAGCUCGUGCCAGACGUGGGGUCUCGUAAAUAAAGAGGUGCACGGGA